AUUUUUAUUGCUAUAAAUUGGGUGUAACCAGCAUAUGUCUAUGGCGUGGGACAUCUAGGGUUUAUUGAGAAACUGAUACAGUUUUAAGAAGCGAUUCCGAGAAGACGGAGAAAAUCGAUUAGGGCGCCGCCGAGAACUGUUGGUUGUGGUGAUGGAGCACGGGUCGUUCCAGGACCAAUCGGCGUCAACGUUUUCUUUGGCUGAUGAGGAUCAUACACUCGCAAAUUCCCUCAGAUUCAUUCUCAAUCAAGACCCAAGGGUAACAUUCUGUGGGUACAGCAUUCCUCAUCCUUCAGAUGCUCGAGUAAAUAUCAGAGUACAGACAACAGGUGAUCCGGCUAGUGAGGUAUUUAAGGAUUCAUGCCAAGACUUGAUGCUCAUGUGCCAGCAUGUAAGAACUACCUUUGACCAGGCUAUCACUGAUUUCAAAAGUUCCCGAUCUCUCGAGACAAUGGACGUUAAGCAUUAGAAGAAAAUAUAAUACUGUGAAUGUUUGCUGUGAGAAUUAGUGGCCAUUUCCAUUUUGUGACAAUAGACAAUUCGUUUCAGUUUUGCUCAUUUGGAAAUCUUGUUUGUUAUUCAUAUGCCAAGAUAAGAUAUUCCGAUGAAAUGAUAGGUCAGUACUGCAUUAUAGUGGCCA